AUGGCGGAACGAGGCCUGAGCGAGAGGGACACGGCCACACUCCUCUCCUCCGAGAUGGACUCGAGCUUUUCGGUUGCGGCACCGUCGCGCCGGCCCCUCAGCGCAAUGAUCCUCGCCGUGGGCAUCAUCGCCGCCGGAGGCGUCGCUGCCGCCUUCCGGCGCCAGGUCCCUGCGCGCGCCGUCGAGCCGGCCGAUGAGAAGUUCGCGCCGGCCGAGGAGAAGUGGGCCGCGGGCCCGCUGCCGCGGCACUGGAUCUUUGACGACCUCUCCGCAAGCGAGGUUCGCGCGGUGGCUGCAUAUGUCAUCGCAUCGCGGCCGGGCACGUCGGCUUCGUACUUUGGCGGCAAGCCGCUCAAGGGAGACUACAUCACGGGCACGUCGGCCGUCGAGCUGGUCCAGCCGCCCAAGGCGGACGCGCUCGCGUACGUGAACGGCGAGACCGACACGCCGCCGAAGCGAUUUGCGCGCGUCACCAUCGCGCGCGGGCGCCGCCUCGCUCUCUCGGCCUUCGCGGGACAGAGGACGGCGUCUCUUCACGGGCGUGUGGGCGUGAACAGGUCGCUCGCCUCGCCCGACGUGAUGGAGUACAGGGUCGGCCCGAUCCACGGCUGCGACGCCGGAGACUGCGACGAAGCGACAGCUGGCUCGCCGCUCGUUCCCCUUCUCGAGCCCGGCGCGGUCUCGUUCGAAAAGCGACCGGUCGACAUGUCGGACAACUCUUGUUUCGUCGGCAUCGGCGCCGUGCUGGCGCCGCUCGAGAAGCUGUUGGUCGAAAGUUUCGGGCGCGUCUUUGGACUCGCCACCUUCGGCCUCUCUGCGGACGCCUACUCUGGCGGGGCGGACGGCUCCGUCCUCCCAUUCUCCUUCAACGACAUCUCCGCCACCGCGGCGGCGCGCGUGUACAAGCUGCAGUUCUUCUGGAUCCGCGAGCCGGAGAAUACGCAGGCGAUGUGGCUGCACGGGCUGCCCUUCACGCUGCGCUCCGCGACCGUCGGCGCGAACGAGCCGAGCUUCUACGACUUUUUCUAUUGCGGCCAAGGCCCGUACCCAACGCCGGCCUCGCUGCUCGACGCGAUCGCUGCUGGGAAGGCGCAGCGCUGCUCGUACAAGCCGCCCGCCUCGGACGGGCUCGCGGGCGGCUGGGACGUGCCCUCCUCGGAGGAGUCGGAAGACUACAAGUUUCUAGUGCCAGAGAGGCGGCUGAUCGAGUGGGGCGAGUGGUCCUUCUUCGCCACGAUGCGACCCUCCACGGGCCUCGCCGCGAUGGACCUCCGCUUCCGCGGCGAGCGCGUCGCGUACGAGCUCUCGCUCGCUGAGGCGGCCGCGCUGUACUCUGGCACCGCAAACGACCAGGUCUUCUACCUCGACUCGGCCUACUCGAUGAGCCAGCUGGGCGGCGACCUCAAGCCCGGCCUCGACUGCCCCGUCGGCGCCGCCUUCCUCGACGGCACCCUCUGGAACUUGCCCGGCGGCGUCGGCGCGAUCAACGCAAACGUCUCGCAGGCGAAGCCGUACAAGGCGUUUUGCGUCUUUGAGCAGCCGCUCGACGGGUCGCACUGGCGCCACCUUCAGCUCUUCGACAAGCGAGUCGACGGCGUGCCCGCCUCGCAGCUGGUGGUGCGCGCCGUCACCGCCGUUGGCAACUACGACUACGUCACGCAGUUCAGCUUCGGCCCCGCCGGCGGGGUCCGCGUCGGCUUCGAGUUUGCCGGCUACAUGGAGACACGUUGGUUCUCGCCCGACACGACGCCGUUCGAGCGGCCGCUGGGCGAGGUGGUGCGUUCCAACCUGGCCGCGCCGCUGCACAGCCACUUUGGCUGCUUCAAGGUGGACCUUGACGCGUCGCCCGCGGGCGAGUCUUUUGAGCUCACCACAAUCACUUCUGGUGUCAAGCAAGACAGUGGCGUGCCCAACCCGCACCGCUGGGCGACCAAGUACGUGGUGCGCGAGUACCCGUCGGUCGAGGGCGUCAACACCUCAACCUUCGCGCCGUCCGCCGCCAAGCCGACCGUGUGGGCGGUCGUCGACAACGCGCACGCCGCCGCCGCCACCGCGCCUAGCGGCAAGCCUGGCUACUCCAUCUCGCUCGGCCCGACGGUGCUGCAGACGCUGCCCGCCGAGCACCCGUUCGUCAAGGCGACCGCCUUCUCAAAGUACCCGCUCGCGAUCGCGCGCCGCAAGGAGGAGGAGCCGCGCCCGUCGAGCGUGUACGACUUGUUUGGGCCCGGCGAGCUCGCCACUCUCUCGACUCGCGAGGGCAUCGUGCAGACGGACUUGGUGGCGUGGGUGACUCUUGGCAAGGAGCACUUGCCACGUACCGAGGACCUCCCCCUCAUCUCCAAUUUUGGGACCCACUUCGACUUGUUGCCGCACAACCGUUUCCCAGUCAACGCCGCCCUCUCGCGGCCGAAGCGGCAGCCGGCCGAGCGCAACUGA